AUGACACGCGCGCAGCAAACCCUUUCCGUUGCAUUGCUAGUAACAUCGCUCUACCUGGCCUUGUACCUGGGCCUUCUACCACUUAACCAAACUAUACAGGAGGAAAUCAUCCCACAUCUUCCGACAUACUUCCUUAUGGUGCUGGGUUCAUACCUCCUCUUCCGACUUGGCUGGGGUGUCUUCACAUUCAACGACGUACCGGACGCAUAUAAAUCUCUACAGGCAGAAAUAACUACAGCAACAACCGAAUUGAGGGCAAUGAAAGUGGAUGUCGAUUGA